AUGGACGCGCCCCGGCGGGCGGCCUCGGCGGAGAGGCGCAGCGAUCCAAGAGGCUGCCGCCGGACUCGUGGCGACAGCUCGCCCGGCGGCCCUGGCGGCAGCGCUGACGAGAGCACCGCGCAGGCACCGCGCGGGGACCAGAAGUGGGCCCUCGUGCUGCAUGCGGGGGCGGGCGCGCGCAGCGCCUGGGCACCCAGGGCGCCGAGCGCUUUCGUGAGCGACGAGUGGGCGCGCCCGGAGCUGAGGCGGAGGCCGCGGGUCACCAUGGACGAGUUCCUCCACGCUGAGCAGCGGGCCCGCCGGCGCCCUGCCCCCCUCCAGCGGAGCAGCCCGCACAGCGCCAGGCGCGGCAGCCGCCCCGCGCCGGGCGCCAACGACCAGAGCGGCACGCCGCUGCGAGGCCUCAGCGGCACCGACCGGGAGUGGCUCAGUCGCUGCCCCAGCCCGGGCGGCAGCGGCGACGACUGCAGCAGCCACUCCGGGCCCCGCCAUCGGCGGGCCCGCCCGGACCGCAGGGCGCUCACUGGGCGUCGCCAGGCGGGCGCGCGCGGGUGGCCGCUCGACGGCGUCAGCCCGGCGAGCCCAGAGCUCGGGAGCCAGCUCCGCCCACAGUGGGGGCAGCGGGGCGCCUCCCCCGAGUGGCCCCCGGGCGCGGACAGCACGCCGCCGCGCCGCCCGCUGCGCCGCCAGCGGGGCGGCAGCGCGGAAGCCGACGAGGUGCUCGGCACCCCGUGCCGCCCCUCUCGGAGGAGCCGAUCGGGGCGCCGCUGGCCGCCGCGUGCGCAGGGUGCAGUUCCGGAGGCCGCUGCGGUGCUCGAGAAGCGUUUCGCGAGGGGCUGUUCAGAGCGCCUCUUCUGA